CAUCAGACGCAGUGAUGUUGUCUCCUCGACGAUACUAGUCAGACCUUGAUAUGCAGAAGCUUGGAAGGCGGUCACGGUCGUUCCUUCUUUAUCGAGGCGGUGAUGGGCUGUUCAAAAUUCCCAAUUGACUGAUCCGAUCAAUGCCCCAAGGCAUUCCGAAGCACUCCUCGAAUCGGAUCUGUUGACCCGUUCAAGAUUCGCCAGUUGCAGCACUCUUAGCUGUCCGUCCCCGUUCGCAAAGCUUGGCAUUUAAUCUCGAGUGCUAGUGGCCCCGUUCCACAUGCGGUUCCCUGUGAUUGAUUGAUGGCAAGAGUACGUUUAAAAACCUCGGUUUCUCGAUCCUGGUCGAGGGUUGGCAAUGUUUACCGAAUCACCGUCAGAACGCCAGCUCGAUGGCAUAUCCCUCCUGAGCUUAACACUUUUUACAGCCAUUUGCUACGGGACUGUAUUGACCAUCUACAUCCAGUGCCUCUUUUCAUUGGUCCACAGUCCAAUGCGCCGGGCUCCCGGAUCACGACUAUUUUUCCUUGGCUAUACGUCCGUCAUGUUUAUUCUUGAAACGUUCUAUGCUGCUGCAAAUCUUCAAAGAGUUUGGAUAGCAUUCGUUGUAAAGUGGGGCUCGCCCAUGAAUUCAACGAGUUACGAGAUUGAUUUAUGGAGUGAUUGGGCCAGUACAGCAGCAAUGGCGUGCUAUAUCAUCUCCAAUUGGUUGGCGGAUGCGCUUACGCUUGUGCGCUGUAUUAUCUUGUUUCGAAACAUGAAAAACACAAGAUGGCUGAUCCCUAUCCCAUGCAGCGUGUUCCUUGUUGUCAUUGUGACUUCUAUUAGUCUGUUUGUGAAUACAACAGAAGUGACCAAGUCAAUGGAAGCAAUGUCCAAAGCCUACUGCAUCUUUGUUGUGGUCGAUCUCUCCUUUAAUGUUAUCACGACGUCAUUGAUAACCACUUGCAUCAUGAUGCACCGCACGAAGCUCAGGAAAUCGACAGGAACUCAUGACCAUGGGAGGGAGUACAUCAAUAUCAUCGCGAUGACCGCUGAAUCUUGUAUGAUUUCCGCGAUUAGCCCGAUCGUCUAUCUCGUCCUCUACGCGAUGGAUAACUUUGUACAGUAUCCACUCAUGGUCAUCCAGAACCAAAUGCAGGUCAUUGCGUUCUUUGUAUUGAUCUUGAGAAUCAUUCAAGGGAAAACGUGGACAAGACGGGCAGAUGUUGAUAUCACUUCUCAUUCGCUUCCAAGUGAAGGACUUUCCUUCCAGCGACAGCGGACUUCGUCUUAGUGUUCGUUCUUCUAAGGCAUUCACUCUUGUGUUCGCUUACAGAAAUCCAGAUUACCACUAAAUAGCUCCAUCACGAGCCUAACAUACUGUUACACCUACGUAAUGUACAGAACUGUCAGAAUAUUCACACAGCCC